AUGGAGGAAGAAGAUGGAGUGCAAUACACAGUCGAGAAUGAAGAGCAGUUCUGGGCAGAGCUGGACGAGAUUGUCGGUGCGCCCAGCGAGAACCACGAGCAGAUCGAUAAUACCCUGAGAAGCUAUUUGCAAUAUACCACCAACUUCAAGAAGGAGUAUUUGCAGUCGGAGUAUGACAUAGCACGAUGCUGCUAUAAGCUGCUCGAUGCGCCAGUGUUCAAGGAGAACCAGGAAUACGUCCGCAGGCAAAUCCUAUACUGUCUGCUCCAAGAAGACGAUGCGGACACUCUGCACCUUGCUGCAGCGGUGCUGCUCUUUGACGGCCGCUACAAUGAAUCUACAUUCGAAAUGAUGCAGGGCGAGCGCGCGUUUCCACGUCUCGUAGAAUUGGUCCGCGCCAAGCGGCAUGAUGAUGUCGGCCUCCAUCGACUUCUACUAGAGCUUCUCUUCGAAAUGUCCCGCAUUCAGAGACUGACACGAGAGGACAUAAUCAGCGUCGAUGACGCUUUCAUUCUGUACCUCUUUCAAUUGAUAGAAGAACUUUCCGACGACGCCGAAGACCCUUACCACUAUCCGAUCAUUAGAGUUCUGCUGGUUCUGAAUGAGCAAUACAUGGUGCUGGCGAACGCGCCUGUAUCUCCGGGAGAGCACAACGCGCCGGUCACGAAUCGAAUACUGAAGCUUUUGUCGAUGCAUGGGCCUUCAUACCGCACCUUUGGAGAGAACAUCAUUCUUCUUCUCAAUCGCGAGACCGAGCUCGGCCGCCAACUCAUGAUUCUGAAGCUCUUCUAUCUCCUAUUCACGACUCCUGCUACUUACGAGUACUUUUAUACCAAUGACUUGCACGUUCUGGUCGACGUUAUCAUCAGGAACCUGCUUGAUCUGGAUCCUGGUAGCGCAGACGCGGGCCUUUCGCCUGACGGCGUGGAAAGGGACGGCCAGCGAGCAUUGAGACACACCUAUCUCCGUGUUCUUUGCCCGCUGUUGAAGAACACACAACUUGCAAAAGAGGGUAACAACUACAAGCGCGAAGAGGUCCGGAAGCUUCUAUAUCUGCUUGUGAACAGGUCAUCAGCACACUUUGCGCCAGUGGAUGAGACUGUCAUCCGACUGGUGAUUCGAUGCAAGCAAAUCGAGUGGCUACGAGAUGAAGGCGACGAGGACGACCAUGAACUCGAGGAAAAGCUCAACGAAAAGCUCCAAGAAGGCGCGCCAUCAGAGUCAGAAGUCGCGAAGAAGCUUUUGGGGAUGUCUAUUGCAGAAGCAUCAGUCAGCAGCCUGAGCGUACAAGAUGUGAGCGCAAAGGUUGUGAAGGAGAAGCCAAGUGUACCCCUCCCCAGACGUAUGCGGAAGAUGAGCAAGCCUGGUGUCAAUGGCAAGACGAACGGCGAUGAUCAGCUUCUUAAAGUACCUCCCAAGCCACCACCACCAAAGGCGAGAAGGAAACCGACCAGUCUGCCGAAGAUUAAUGCAGCGAGCCAAGGAGCUGCGAUAUCGCGGGAUGAUACCAGAAGUCCCUUCGCCGAUGAAAACGCCGAGACCUGA